AUGUUCGCCCAGGCUGGGUUGGUCCGCCCCCUCUCCGGGGCCAGCGCCAGGGGCGAGCUGGCCCUGGGGCCGCAGAGGCGCGGCCUCGGCGACCGCUCGCGGAGCCCGGAGCUCGACGACUGGCUCGCCCAGCGCACCAGGGCGAAGCUGGGCGACGACGCGCCGCUGCCGACGCGCUCCCGCCAGUCCCGCAGCGUGCCGCCUCCCAAGCCGAUCAGUUCGCCGAAGAGGGAGCCUGACCGGGCGCACGACGACUCGUCGAUAAGCCACCCGGCCAGGCCGUUCGUGCUCGAGGAGCGCGACGACAGAGCAUGGGCCGAGAUCCUGGCCGACGAGCAGGCGCAGCAGGACAGUAUUUUCGAGGAUAUCAACAAGGAGAUCAGCCAUGCUGCCUGA